ACAGCCGCGGCCCCAGCCCCCUCCUCCCCGCGCCGCUCGGCGCUCGCUCGCUCGCCGGCUCCUCCUCACUCGCCCGCCGCCCGCGCCCGGCGCAGCUCGGCCAGAGCCAUCGCGGGGCUGCGCGUCCGCCCGGGGGCUCCGGCGGCUGCCCCGGCCCGCAGCCCCUCCCCGGCGCCCGCCUAUCGCUCCCCGCUCGCCGCCUGCCCCCUUCCCGGCGCCCCGCAGACCCGGCUCCGCGCCCCCGGCAGCACGAUGCCCGCGGCCCGGCCGCCCGCCGCGGGACUCGGCGCGAUCUCGCUGCUCGUCGCUCUGCUCCUCCGGGGGAGCCCCGCGGCCGCCCUGGCGGGAGAUGCUGGACCCGAAGGAGAAGUCGCCCCUUCCGAUCUUUACCUCCUGCCCGCGGAAGCCCUGGAGAGCAGCAGCCUGAGCAAAGAGAGCCCCGAAGAGGGAGCGACCACGGUCCCCUCGAGCCCCGCGCAGUCGGGGGAAGAGCUCCGGGAGGCGGAGCUGGAGGGGACAGUACCCUCCGCGCAUCACCAGCCCCCGGCUCUGUCCCCGCUGCUUCCAGAGGAGGCCGGCCCGCAGCACAGGGUCGCCCCCAGGAGGAGGCCGCCGUCCCUUCAGCAGGGAAGCGCGGCCAGGACGCAGCUGCGGCCGCAGGCCACCUCCGCGGGGGCGGCCCAGAGCGCAGGGUCCCGGCCCGCGGACCCGGCUCUGCUGGCCACCGCCACUGAGGAGCCCCGUCCGCCCGGGGAUCUGGAGCCUGUGGGGGCCUCGGAGCCGUCCUCGGAGGAGCCCCGCCGGCCGGAGCAGGAGGAGGGCGCGGGCCCCACCACGCCCGCGCCGCCGCAGCUGGCGCCCUUCACCUCGCAGCCCUGGGCGGCGCACACGCUGCCGCAGGGACGCGGCCCCGGGGAGCCCGCUGCGCCCCCGGCCGCCCCCGACGACGCCAGCACCACGACCCUGCUGGACAAAGGGGAGAACGAGCUGACCGGCUCGGCCUCGGAGGAGAGCCAGGAGACCACCACGUCCACCAUCGUCACCACCACGGUCAUUACCACCGAGCAGGCGCCAGCCCUCUGCAGCGUGAGCUUCUCCGACCCCGAGGGGUACAUCGACUCCAGCGACUACCCACCGCUGCCCCUCAACAACUUCCUUGAGUGCACGUACAACGUGACUGUCUACACCGGCUACGGGGUCGAGCUCCAGGUGAAGAACGUGAACCUGUCUGAGGGGGAGCUGCUGUCCAUCCGCGGCGUGGACGGCGCCACCCUGACGGUCCUGGCCAACCAGACGCUCCUGGUGGAGGGGCAGGUGAUCCGGAGCCCCACCAACACCAUCUCCGUCUACUUCCGGACCUUCCAGGACGACGGCCUGGGGACCUUCCAGCUGCACUACCAGGCCUUCAUGCUCAGCUGCAACUUCCCCCGCCGGCCCGACUCCGGGGACGUCACCGUGAUGGACCUGCACUCGGGCGGGGUGGCCCACUUCCACUGCCACCUGGGCUACGAGCUGCAGGGCGCCAAGACUCUGACCUGCAUCAAUGCCUCCAAGCCGCACUGGGACAGCCCGGAGCCCAUCUGCUCAGCCCCUUGCGGAGGAGCCGUGCACAACGCCACCAUCGGCCGCGUCCUCUCCCCGAGUCACCCUGGAAACGCCAACGGAAGCCAGUUCUGCGUGUGGACCAUCGAGGCCCCGGAGGGCCAGAAGCUGCACCUGCACUUCGAGAGGCUAUCGCUGCAUGACAAGGACAGGAUGACCGUCUACAGCGGAAGAACCAACAAGUCCGCCCUUCUCUACGAUUCUCUUCAAACCGAGAGCGUCCCUUUUGAGGGUCUGCUGAGCGAGGCCAACAGCAUCCGCAUCGAGUUCACGUCGGACCAGGGCCAGGCGGCCUCCGCCUUCAACAUCCGCUUUGAGGCCUUUGAGAAAGGCCACUGCUACGAGCCCUACAUUCAGAAUGGGAACUUCACCACGUCCGACCCCACCUACAACAUCGGGACCAUCGUGGAGUUCAGCUGCGACCCGGGCCACUCCCUGGAGCAGGGGCCCGCCAUCAUCGAGUGUAUCAACGUGCGAGACCCCUACUGGAAUGACACGGAACCCCUGUGCAGAGCCAUGUGUGGUGGGGAGCUCUCGGCCAUGGCUGGGGUGGUGCUGUCUCCAAAUUGGCCCGAGCCCUAUGCGGAAGGCGAAGACUGCGUUUGGAAGAUCCACGUCGGAGAGGAGAAACGGAUCUUCCUGGAUAUCCAGUUCCUGAACCUGAGCAACAGCGACAUCCUGACCAUCUACGAUGGGGACGAGGUCACGCCCCACAUCCUGGGGCAGUACCUUGGGAACAGUGGCCCCCAGAAACUCUACUCCUCCACGCCGGACCUGACCAUCCAAUUCCACUCUGACCCGGCCGGCCUCAUCUUUGGAAAGGGCCAGGGGUUUAUCAUGAACUACAUAGAGGUCUCAAGGAACGACUCCUGCUCAGAUCUGCCCGAGAUCCAGAACGGCUGGAAGACCACUUCCCACACGGAGCUGGUGAGGGGAGCCAGGAUCACGUACCAAUGUGACCCGGGCUACGACAUCGUGGGGAGUGACACCCUCACCUGCCAGUGGGACCUCAGUUGGAGCAGCGACCCCCCGUUUUGUGAGAAAAUCAUGUACUGCACCGACCCGGGGGAGGUGGACCACUCGACCCGGCUGAUCUCGGACCCCGUGCUGCUGGUGGGCACCACCAUCCAGUACACGUGCGACCUGGGCUUCGUGCUGGAAGGGAGCUCGCUCCUCACCUGCUACAGCCGCGAAACCGGCACUCCCAUCUGGACCUCCCGCCUGCCCCACUGUGUGUCGGAGGAGUCCCUGGCCUGUGACAACCCAGGGCUGCCUGAAAACGGAUACCAAAUCCUGUAUAAGCGACUCUACCUGCCGGGCGAGUCCCUCACCUUCAUGUGCUACGAAGGCUUCGAGCUCAUGGGCGAAGUGACCAUCCGGUGCAUCCUGGGACAGCCAUCACACUGGAACGGGCCCCUGCCUGUUUGUAAAGUUAAUCAAGACAGUUUUGAACAUGCUUUAGAAGUAGCAGAAGCGGCAGCAGAGUCGUCGCUGGAAGGCGGGAACGUGGCUCUGGCCAUCUUCAUCCCGGUCCUCCUCAUCUCUCUGCUGCUGGGAGGAGCCUACAUCUACAUCACCAGGUGCCGCUAUUACUCCAGCCUCCGCCUGCCCCUCAUGUACUCCCACCCCUACAGUCAGAUCACCGUGGAGACCGAGUUUGACAACCCCAUCUACGAGACGGGGGAAACCAGAGAGUACGAGGUUUCCAUCUGAAGCGGCUGCGCUGGAGAGGGAGCUACAGACAGGAACUCAGUCACACCCCCCUGGAGACGCCCGUCCAGAGCUGGCCGCCCGCCGUCUUUUCUUUAGACUCUUCAUCGGAGACUUACUGUUUUCUUCACUGUAUUUAUUAUAUUUAAAAUUGAAAUAGGUGUGGCUCCAGGCACUGUAGCUGCAGCCAAAUUCAAGUGGCACUGCAAUUCUGAAGGCAGAUGGAAGGUCUGCAGAACAGUCAACGGCCGCCGAGAAGGGACAGGCGACGAGCUCCAGUCCCCCGCCCCUCCCCCCCGUGAGCAACGCCCUGCUAAGCAGCAUUGAACUGCAUGCAUCUUGGACAUCCACGCCCAUGGUGUUUGGGGUGCCGAGCCAAGUCCCAAGAUCAGUGUUCAAAGGGUGUUUCUCGUUGGGUUAACUGGGGUUGGACUUCAGCCCUGCUGGGUUUGCCCCUCUUUGCUGAUCUUACCAGCUUCUAAAAGGUCUCACCCUCAUCUCCUCCCUCCCAGGCGCCUUUGAAGGCAUACAAGAUGCCUCCUCUCGUGCCACCCUGGCCUUACUGGGCGCUGGCAAAAUAAGAAAAUGUUUUCUCUCUCAAAAGGUGAUAAAUGACGGAGGAAAAUUUUCAGAGAAGACGCGAGAUUUGAGAAUCCCAAUGAAAAACUGGGCGAGGGGACCCACCGAGCGAGGGAAUUGAGCUAAUAAGAUGUUAUUUUCUCUGACACUCCUUCAGUGAUAAAGGAGCAGGUCCUUGACCCGACAGGUGCCAGCGUCCAUCACCUUGUUUGGCAGGGCAAGUCUCGGGCUGUGACAAUAAAUCCACGGGCACAGCAGGACGCGGCUCCGCGUGGGAGCGUUGGCAGGGUUCUCGCUGGGAGGGAGGAGGUGGCCUGCCCAGAACCCCAGGGGUGAGCUGCUCUUAUUCCAGGGUUCUGCAACGUCUUCGCCUUUGAAAUGGGAGAGAGGCCAAAGCUUCGCUUCUCCCAAGGGCUUACCUUCAGGACAAGCUCGCUCUCAAGUAUGGAGGAGGAGGAGGAAGACCUUGGAAGGAAGAUGCUAGAAGCUAUGUGGGUGCAGGAAUUGGAGCAGGGAUUAAAUGCACAGCGAGACAGCUGGUGGGAAGGAUGAUUUCCGCUGGAGUCCAUGAGGACAGAAGGAGGAAUUCCAGGUCACAGAGGGGUUGUGGCACUGUAACCCCCCCAGGAGGCUAUAACUCCCAUCCAGCAGAAUCAGCAGGCAUGCGACUAUUUAGAAAGCUCUUUCCUAAAAGGAGUAUCAAGAAAAGGCAGGGGGCAAGGCAGGGGGCUCCUGUGGUGAUCACGUGGCUCAGACAGACAGGCACGCGGGCUCGGUGGCUUCUGGAACCCCCUUUGACACCCUUCCAUGCUCUCUUAAAUCUACUGGUUUUCAAACAAGAAAAAAAUCCUUCCUGGCUGCUGGGCCUCACGGAGAACGGCUGGGAGUCCAUCUUUUGGAGACAUCGGGAGGGAGAUGGGGAGCUGGGUUUGAGCAGGCAGAUUCUCUCCCCGGGCAGGAGCUGGGACCUUCAUCCCGGGGAGCAGGGAGGGGGUUCUGAGGCUGCAAGAUUUUCCUUCUGCCAGAAGAGAAUCCUGCCUAUCUGCUCCCGGGGGGAAAUGUCCCGCAAGACAUCACAAAGGACCAUCUUCCCAAGCCCAAAGCCCACCCGGGUUUAUGAAAGAACCAGAGGAAACCAUCGAGGUUGCUAGUGAGCAAGGUCACCUUCGAUCCUUGCUGUUCUUGUGAUCUGAUGCGUCUUCUAACCUGGACCCCUAGACUCCCUGCAAUGGACGGACUCCAGAUGCUGUUUGAUUUCAGAACGUACCACACCCAGCUAAGCAUUCGCCUUUGUAAAGAUCUGCGACCUAGAAGUCUUUAUUUCUGCUCCAGAGGAUGGUGUAGAGAAGAUGUUGCUUUUUCUUUCCCCCCAAGAGGACAGUGUCUUAGCUCUGUGUUCGUCCAGCACCUCCACCAGGUCUUAAGUUCACUUUAGCCCAGAGGUGGUCGUGAGAGCUCAGCAUUGCUCCACCAGAAACACGAGUGGGUGUCUUCUUUUCUCUUUGAAAUAUCCGAAUGUGUACCCGUCCUGCGUGAAGGUAAAACAUCAUUCGUGUGCCAAACGUCGUCCGAGACGACUCAUUCACCGUUGUUCGCCUGUGUCUGUUUUUAUAAGAUCAAAAUUAAAAGCCCAUUGGGAUUCGAUAUUUUUGAACCGGAUGCACUCUUGGAAACUCGAGGACGGACUGAGGCUUCCCACGAGCCACUCAGUUUUCAAACAGUGGGACCACACGUUUACAGAGAUCGCCAGCUUCUGCAGAUGCAUGUUGUGGCAUCAAUGACAUGCUGAUCCCUACAGGCCGUCCCUGUCUCUGGCCACGGACACCCUGUGCUUUCAAAAUGCACACACUCAACCCUCUGCAGCCUAGAGCUCAGAACUUUCCUUUUUUUUUUUUAUUUUUUACUUUGGGUAGGAUUAUUUAACCGGUGUAAGAAUUCUGGCGCCGUCUUUCCUUGAUACCAUCAUCUGAUUUAACCAGGAUCUUUCGAAGCCAGCUCCCUGGAGAACUUUCAGAACUUCAGGCUGAUUGCUUUCAAAGCCACGCAGCAGCCCAGAAGGAAGAAAAGUGGCCACGUCAAGAGGACGGUGAUGAAAAGGGGGGACUUUGUAGGGGGGGGGGGAGUGGGUAGCUUCAGGCUGAGACAGGAGCCUUGGGCACAAAGGGCCUUUCCGUGGGGCAGGGUCAAAGGGCAUGACCUUCCUAUGUCCUUGGGGAGGCACAGUGUGCGUGAUUUGAGGUCCGAUGUUGUGCGUUGUUUCAGACCCUGGGAGAUUUUCAUUUUCAUUUUAUCAUCGAACAGAAUAAAAAUCAAAACCAACUUUGUAAGCUAGAAUAAUGAAAUGAAGUCAUUUUCCACUUUGUAUAUAUUGAUGCUAAUAAAACCAGU